CGCGCUUUUGCCUGAUUGUGUGUAUUUUUGUCACAAAAAAAUCCGAAAAUGUCUGACCGCAAGUGGGUCACCGACCCAGACGAUUACAUCUGCACCUUAUCACCGGAGACCCAGAAGAUCGCCGAGGAGGAGCUGCGCGAAGACGACAGCAGUCGCCGAUCAGCGCUGGCCUCCAUGCGCGAAUGGAUCUUGCAGAAUCCCCGGAUCAAAAAUUGCAGGAUGGAUGCGAAAUUCUUGUUGAGAUUCCUGCGUUUCAAGAAGUACCACGUAACGCUAGCGCAGGAAUGCCUUGAACGCUACAUCCUCUUGCGGCAGACGUUCGGUGUGGCCUUUAACUGCUUGGACAUCACGAUACCGAUGAUGGAGCAGCUGACCGAUUUGGGGUACAUGUUCGCGUGCCCCAAAAGGGACAGCAAAGGUAGAAGGGUAAUUGUCACCAGACCCGGUGUGUUCGACUUGUAUUCCUUUUCCAACGCGGAUAUGUGUCGAAUUCACGGCAUCGUGUACGAAACGUUGAUGGAAGACGAAGAGAACCAAGUUAGGGGUUUCGUGCACUUCGCCGACGGGGAUGGGGUAGGAUUCGCCUACCUGACGUUGUUCUCCAUCAAGGAAGCCGUGCGCAUAGUUAAAAACGGGGAGAGAACACUGCCCAUGAGACACAAGGAGGUCCACGGCAUGUCCGUCCAUCCUUCGAUGAAAUUCGCCCUCGACUUCGGCAUGUCUUUGAUAUCGGAGAAGAUCAAAAGCAGAGUGCGAUUGUACGGCAAUCUGCAAGACGUCAUCUCCAGCGGACACGUCGAAACCGACGUUCUACCUAAAGAAUACGGCGGCACAAUUCCCAUGAAGGAAAUGAUAGAAUUGUGGAAGAAAGAGCUGUACGCGGCCCAUCCGAUAUUGAUGUCUCACGACCUGAUGGAAGUGGAUGAAGAUCUGUUUAGUGCAAAGGCGAAAGAAGGGGCCGUAUCGGCUCUGAAAAGGAACGUGACCUCCUGCGGCUCGGAAGGCGACGCCACCUUGUACGGCAUAACGGGCAACUUUAGAAGAUUAGAAGUAGAUUAAGAUGAGCCAAUUGAGCUCGAUGUAGUAUUAAGUCUGUUACAAAAAAUCUGUGGUAGAUUAGAUGUUAGUUUAGCGUACUGUUCACGUCCAUCAAAAUCAUCUUAAUCGUCACCAGCCAUGCUUUACUCGUUUGUAAGUUAUAAGUAGAGGAAUGUUUU